CUCUGAUGUCAUGCAUUGAUGUCAUUGGCUGUCUUGUCAAUCCGCGCACAGAACAGAGACACACUGACAGACCAAGUCAGCCACCUCCCCACAGCCGUUCAACAAAGUCAGUGAGUCAGUCAUUACGCACACACGACAGACACUUGAGGGUAGGGUCAGGAAACACGCAGGUAACCAGCACGGGGACACUCCCGAACCCCACACGCGCCAUGCAGCAAAAAUUCAGCCUGGAAAGCUGUGUAAGAAAGUCAGUCAGAGAUGCGAUCAAAAAGUCACCAUCACCACGAUGAACUCCAACACACAGAUGAACAGAGGGCACCAACAUACAGAUGAACAGACAGUCAAGAAAAAUGGGAGGCGACGCCCGUUCACACGAAUGUGUUGCGCCUCAUGGUCAUCCGUCCAGGAUGCCGAUCAAACGCAGCUGCACAUACCCCCCAUGUGGGUCGAUGAUAUGCCUGACCUCCCCGUCCCGCAUUGAGAGCAACGCCUCGUCGAACCAGUCACGCACAGCAGACAGACGAAUGACCGCUCCAUUGAGCUCGUCUGCUUCGUCGCCGCCAUCAAACUGAGCGGAUUCGUCCUCGACGAUCGCGAAGUCGUACUUCACUCGCUGGUCGAGGGUCGGCACCCUUCCGGUCCCCUCACGUGUGAUGCGGUAACGCACACCCAUCGGGGAGACACUGAAGCCGUCGCUGUGAAGAAAUACAGAGAGAGACAAUGGCGCACACACACACAAAAAUCUCUCUCUCUCCCCCUCUCUCUCUGACAGACGUUGAUGUGCUCUUCACCUGGUUUGCUGCGGUCUAUGUGCUCCGAUGGCGGGGCUACUGCUAUUGGUGGCCUGCGGUGAUGCAGCGGUGCCGGCAGACGUCUGGUGUGUGUCGUGUCCUCCAUUGCUGACCCAUCGGACAUAGAAAAUGACACACACAUAGAAAAUGGUACAAGUGUGUGCGCUUACUUGUCGUCGUACUCGAUGCUAAUCUCAAGCAAGUCGUCCCCAUCAUCCGCAUCACUCUCCGCCUCGUCGUCCCCGUCGACACUGCAAAGGCGACACAGACGCACGACAACUGGCAGGCCCGGCUAUCUAGUGCUGCUCUCUACUUACCCUCACCUGGUCUGCUGUGUUUCCUCAUCUUCAUUUCUGACACAUGCCACAACCAAACAGAUGAAUGCACACCAACGCCACGCCCACACGUGCGUGUGUGACCUCACUCGGGCCAGCACUCGGGGAUAAUGCAGAUCAGCCGCAGCUGCACAUAUUGCUGAUCGGAAGCGUCGGUGUGCACUAUUAUUCUCCUGACUUCGCCCUCCUUCAUCGACAGCAAUGCCUCGUACCACCACCCAUCGCGCUCCCGAGGAGAGACACGAUGAAUUAGUCCGGGGAUAUCGUAUGCCUUGUUGGUGGUGUCGAACCCAUCAUUCCACACGGUGAUGUCGUACAGGACCUGCUGGCCGACCGUGGGCAGUCUCCCAGUGCCCUCAGACACCACCUCAUGGCUCCUGACCGAUGGCGUCGUGCCGGUUCGACAUUCGGAAGGGGCUGCCGCACUACAACCCCCACUGACGAGGUAGCGGACCGCGACUGUGUCUCCCUGACCAGUGGACAAUCUUACGGACACACACACGCACACACACACAGAGAGAGAGAGAGAGAGAGCAGGAGCUAAUGAUGGUCUCUCCCCCCUCUCACUCACGCGUUUGCAUGCACUUCGCCAUUGAUCUCCUGCGACAGGCGCACGGCCAUGAGAUAGUCGGCCUCCUCCUGGCGCUGUCGAUCGGUGAGUGGGGCCGGUUGGCCGCUGGCUGGGUGUGUCGUAUUGUUGUUGGCCGUUGUGGUUGUGUCGCCAUUGGCGGCCAGGGCCUCCCGCAUCUGCUGCACAACGUCGCUCAGGCCGUAGUUGAUCUGCACGUCAGCCUCCACAGUCGCGCGCCUGAUUGAAGGAGACCCCGACACGUGCACACACAUGAAAGGAGAAAGCCAUGAUGAGUGGGUUGGUGGCGUACCUGCAUGCGGGGCAUUCGAUUGUGUGAUGACGGCUGUUGUCAAGAAGCCCUCGAACACACUGCAAUAAUAACGCAUGUCGCACGGCGCUUGAAUGAACGCAGUCAUUUGUGCCUACCCCUGCGCAAAACGAGUGACCUGAUGGAUCACACACACACACACACACAACAGGUCUCCCUCUCUCUCCAUGUGUGUGUGUGUGUGUGUGUUUGUGUUUGCGUUUCUUCCUUACCGCAUCGGAGCACUGGAGGCUGUUUGUUGUUGACAGCAUCAUGAUGGUACUCCUCCGAGCACACACUGCACUUGGGAAGAAGCAUA